CCCUACUAUUGGGUCUGAUUGGGACGGUCGGUGACCCAAAGCCAAUAAAAAUCCAAAUUGUAACAUAGAGUGAUUUUGCUGUCUCCAAUCACGACUAGCUACGCACGAGUCACCGGGAAUUGUAGUUUUCUUCAAGGAAUCCCCUUCAGAGGCGGCCGAGGUCUAUGAGGCGAAAGGACUACAAGUUCCAGAGAGCGCAGUUUCCGCGCGGUUCCGGCUUCGCGCACCCCGCCCCCUUCCCGGCAAGAGGGGGAGGAGGACUAAGGGGGUCACUAUGUGCCGGGAGGAAGGGGCUUAUUCCGCCGCCUUCGCUUUUGGGCAGCAGCUGACCGGCUCUGGGGUAACAGUUGGGUAUAUUUCAGCAGAGCUGCUGAUGCUGCCACUGCCACUGCCACCCCCACCAUCAUCACGGUUUGGAUUUGUUGCUGAUGAAAUUGGCAUUUUGCACUUUUCCUGUAGCAAACUGUGGUUCCUGGUAACAUAUGGAUAUUAAAAUUCAGAGGAAGCUGCCCGUGGAUACUAAAUGCUGCUCUAGAUUAUGAGCUCAAGCAAGAGUGCACGAUAUAAUCGUUUCUCUGGUGGCCCAGCAAACCUCCCUCCCUCGGACAGCACAAACGGGACCAGAAUGGAAACUACCUUUGGUCCUGCAUUUUCAGCUGUUACCACCAUUACUAAAGUAGCUGAUGGGACCAGCACAUACAAACAGCAUCGUAGAACUCCCUCCUCCUCCAGUACACUCACCUACUCCCAGAGGGACGAAGAGGACAGCAUGCCCCCAAUCAACACCCCCCGACGCUCUGAUUCAGCCAUAUCUGUUCGCUCCUUGCAUUCUGAAUCCAGCAUGUCCUUACGGUCCACAUUCUCCCUGCAUGAGGAGGAGGAAGAACCAGAGCCUCUGGUGUUUGCGGAGCAGCCAUCAGUCAAGCUGUGCUGUCAGCUCUGCUGCAGUGUGUUCAAGGACCCAGUGAUCACAACCUGUGGGCACACAUUCUGUAGAAGAUGUGCCUUAAAGUCUGAGAAGUGCCCAGUGGACAAUGCCAAGCUGACUGUGGUGGUGAACAACAUCGCCGUGGCUGAGCAAAUUGGCGAGCUCUUUAUUCACUGCAAGCAUGGCUGCCGUACUGUGGGCAGUGGAAAGCCGGCCACCUUCGAGGUAGACCCCCGUGGCUGCCCCUUCACUAUCAAACUCAGUUCCCGGAAGGACCACGAAGGCAGCUGUGAUUACCGGCCUGUGAGAUGCCCCAACAACCCCAGCUGUCCCCCUCUGCUGAAAAUGAACCUGGAGGCACAUCUCAAGGAAUGCGAGCACAUCAAAUGUCCUCACUCCAAAUAUGGCUGUACUUUCAUAGGAAAUCAGGACACCUAUGAAACUCACCUGGAGACCUGUAAGUUUGAAGGCCUGAAGGAGUUCUUGCAGCAGACAGAUGACCGUUUCCAUGAAAUGCAUGUGGCCCUGGCCCAGAAAGACCAAGAAAUUGCCUUCCUCCGGUCAAUGCUAGGGAAACUGUCGGAAAAGAUUGACCAGCUGGAGAAGAAUCUGGAGCUCAAAUUUGAUGUACUGGAUGAGAACCAGAGCAAACUGAGCGAAGACCUCAUGGAGUUCCGACGUGAUGCUUCCAUGCUGAAUGACGAGCUAUCUCACAUCAAUGCCCGCUUAAAUAUGGGAAUCUUAGGAUCCUAUGACCCCCAGCAGAUCUUCAAGUGCAAAGGGACCUUUGUGGGCCACCAGGGCCCCGUGUGGUGUCUCUGCGUCUACUCCAUGGGGGACCUACUUUUCAGUGGUUCAUCAGACAAAACCAUUAAGGUGUGGGACACUUGCACGACUUACAAAUGCCAGAAGACCCUGGAAGGCCACGACGGCAUCGUGCUUGCACUUUGUAUCCAAGGGUGCAAGCUGUACAGUGGAUCUGCCGAUUGUACCAUUAUUGUCUGGGACAUUCAGAACCUGCAAAAGGUCAACACUAUCCGAGCUCACGACAAUCCUGUUUGCACUUUGGUUUCCUCACAUAACAUGCUCUUCAGUGGCUCCCUCAAGGCUAUCAAGGUCUGGGACAUUGUGGGCACAGAGCUGAAGCUAAAGAAGGAACUCACAGGCCUCAAUCACUGGGUACGGGCCCUGGUGGCCUCUCAGAACUACCUGUACAGUGGCUCCUACCAGACAAUCAAGAUCUGGGAUAUCCGAAACCUCGAGUGUAUCCACGUGCUCCAAACAUCGGGGGGCAGCGUCUACUCCAUCGCUGUGACAAAUCACCACAUUGUCUGCGGGACCUACGAGAACCUCAUCCAUGUUUGGGACAUUGAAUCUAAGGAGCAGGUGCGGACAUUAACAGGGCAUGUGGGGACGGUGUAUGCCCUGGCAGUCAUCUCUACCCCGGACCAGACCAAAGUUUUCAGCGCCUCCUAUGAUCGGUCACUCAGGGUCUGGAGUAUGGACAACAUGAUCUGCACGCAGACUCUCCUUCGCCACCAGGGCAGCGUCACCGCCCUGGCUGUCUCCCGGGGCCGGCUCUUCUCAGGGGCAGUCGACAGCACUGUCAAGGUUUGGACAUGUUAAUGGGCGGAUCCAGGCCAGUCCUCCACCUGGGAGUCACAGGAUCCUUGUCCUGCAUUGUGCCAUCCCAUGGCCAGAGCCUUGGAGGGAAUCCCCAGGAAUGAUUGCCACCCAAGUCAGCCAAGCAGCUGCUCCUGAACUUUUGCCCCAGAGCUGCUGCCCCAGGUACUGGGCACCCUCCUGGGCAGGGCAGGCACCUCAGCCCUCCUGUUCUGCCCACCCACCCUAGCCACAGGAUGGAACAUUAAGUGGACCCAUAAUGGACUCCUACACAAUCACUCACACACACACACACACACACACACACACACACACACACACACACACACACACACAUGUCCCUAAUAGACCUUCCCUCCAGCCAGCUCCUCAGAGCCCCUGUCAGAGCAGCCUGGCAGGGUGGGGUUGGGGGGCUUCAGCCCAGAGGCCCAGUCCUCCCUGGCCCUUCCCUUGGUAGAUGGUAGUAGAUGCUCCCCCGGCACUUGGGCCUGCUGGUUGGGCCACACACUACAGACACUCCUCUCCUGCCCGCUGUUGCUCGCUGUGCUGCCAAGACAAUAUCAAGCUAUUCUCAGAUUGUGGGCUGUUGGGGACCCUCCCCAGGGGCACCAGGUACGAUGCUCAUGGCCCGCGCCAGCCCUCCAUCCGCCUUCCCCACAUCAUGGAACGCCUCACCAGGCAAGGGACCGGCCUUGGGUACAUUUUUACUCACAUUUUUUACGGUUUUUAGACUGUAUAUAGAUUUGAUUAUUUCCUCAUUGACAAUAAAAUCUAAAUGAAGCGUG